AAUAGAUUUGAUGAGAGUUGAAGAAGAACCAUGAAGUUAACGCUGAAAUAUUUUCUGCUGCUGUUCGCCCUUUGGAAUGGAGUAGAGGCAAAAAUUUUCGGAAGAUGCGAGUUCGUAGCGAAAUUAAGAAGCUUGGGAAUUCCAGGCAAUCAGUUAGCUACAUGGACCUGUAUAGCCAAUUUCGAGUCACAUUUCGAUACAAAAGCUGUUAAUUCACAAACUGGAGACUAUGGAAUACUCCAAAUAAGCGAAAUCUACUGGUGCUCUAACAGCAACACUCCUGGUAAAGGUUGCCAUGCAACAUGUAGUCAAUUUUUGAACGAUGACAUCAACGACGAUGUUGCAUGCGCUCGACAUGUGUUUGACGAAACACAAAGGUGGUCUGGAAAUGGUUUCACAGCUUGGACGACAUAUGAUCGAUAUUGUAAAGGAAAUGUUGAUUCAUUCAUCGCAAAUUGUUGAAUGUUGUUCUGAUAUUGUAUCAAUUAAAUAAUAAAAAACUAUAUUAAAAAAAUUUAAUCU